AUGUCUAGUUAUGAUGUAUUCUUGAAGAUGGCUGAUCGCGCUUCCAUUGGAUCUGACGCCACAUCGCUUAUUGGCAACACGCCAAUGAUGUAUCUCAACAAGCUCGGUGCUGGAUUACCCGGAAAAGUUGCUGUCAAACUUGAGUUCAUGUCUCCAGCGGGAUCCGUCAAGGACAGAAUCGGAUUGGCAAUGAUUGAGGCGGCGGAAAAAGAAGGAACUAUCAAACCCGGCGUAACCACAUUAAUCGAGGCCACAUCGGGCAACACUGGAAUUGCUCUCGCUUUCGUCUCUGCUGCUCGCGGUUAUCGCUGCAUACUGACAAUGCCAGCCUCGAUGAGCUUCGAACGUCGCACACUCUUGAAAGCAUAUGGCGCUGAGCUUGUGCUCACUGAUCCAUCUAAAGGAAUGCGUGGAGCUAUUGAGAUGGCUAAUCAACUUCGUCGCGAUAUUCCCUGCUCGCACAUUCUCGCUCAGUUCGACAACAUCAACAAUCCACUUGUUCAUUAUCAUACGACUGGUCCCGAAAUUUGGCGUCAAACGAACGGUAAAGUCGAUGCUGUUGCUUUCGGUAUCGGAACUGGAGGUACUAUCACUGGUGUCGGAAAGUACUUGCUCGAGAAGAAGCCUUCGGUUCGCAUUUUUGCUGUCGAGCCGGAGGAGUCUGCGAUUCUCAGCGGAAUGCCAGCCGGGCCACACAAAAUUCAAGGAAUUGGUGCAGGAUUUGCUCCAGCGGUACUCGACACCAAGAUCUACGAGGAUGUAAUUCGUAUUCAUUCUGACGAGGCUGUUGUGAUGGCCAAACGUCUUGCAUUUGAAGAAGGAAUCCUUUGUGGUAUCUCAUCCGGAGCUAACGUCUCUGCUGCUCUUCAGCUUGCUGCUCGUCCGGAAAUGGCCGGAAAACUGAUCGUGACGGUUCUCCCAAGUUUUGGAGAGAGAUACUUGUCGUCCGCUCUUUACGCCGACAUUCGUGAUGAAGCCGCUGCAUUGGGUGUCGAAAGCUUGGAAAGCAACUUGAAAAAGCUCAAGCUCCAUGAGUUCGAAAUUAUGGAAUAA